AUAGUGGAGUUUUUCCUCCUACCUCCCUUCCACUAGAUAAUAUUAGGUCUAGUACUCCUGCCAGUGAUGCUGAAUCAGGAGAAUGCAGUGACGGAGAAUUAUCAGAUUUAACUCCUUGUAAUCCUUCACCUUCACUCUCACAGCUCUUAUCCUGGACAGGAUGUACAGCAGAAGGUAGAGAAAGGGAGGAUGUAGAGGAGAACUGGAGACAACAUGUACAGUGUUUGAUGACAACUUCUUCACAAGAAAAUCUGCUCCAUACGUUCACACUAUUCGCCAGAUUGUUCCGUGACCUAAAAUGUAGAACGGUCAAUCUGACAGAGGACUCGUGUACUUAUCUUUCCAGGGAGGUUGAAUCUGUUCAUCCUGUUCAUACUCGUCAACUUGGUUCAACAUUAAUAAGAUUCAGGGAGCUCCUUCAAGUGGUGGAACUAAUUCCUGAUUGUCCUCAUGUCUGGUGUGAUUUCAGUCUUCUUGGAGAUCCCAGGUUAACGGAAAGAAUGAAGUUUAAUGUUCUGGAGAUCCAAGAGAACUUUGAAAACUACGUAGACAGGAAGGAAUCUGUCAGCUCGUGCUUGGAAGGAUUGAAGGCGCAUAGUAAACUGGCCUCCCUUGGGGAGCAGGGAUACAACAUAGAUACAGACGAGGUAGAGCUCUGCAGGAUUUUGUACAAGAUGCACUUUCAGCAGCUGCUACUGUUAGAGAGCUACACCAAGCUGCUCCACUUGCUGAGCAGCUCUGCAGCUGCCAGUAAUGUCCAGGAUAUCAGCAGCGAGGUGAAUAGGAUGAAGAUAGGACUUCUAGGAUACCUGGCCAUAGCCUCACAGCCCUCCACUCCCAAACAUGGGAUGAGUCCGGGGCCCUCAUCUCCUGUUCAUUCCCACCCAACCUCCCAUCCUUCAUCCCCUAAUCCAUCCUCUCACCCUUCUUCCCGUCCCUCAUCCCGCCGCUCCUCUCCGCCCCCUGGUUCUGGCCCCGCCUCCCGACCUGGAUCCGCCCGUUCCUCCUCCUCUGCUCCGCCUGCGGUGGAUGAUGAGGAUGAACCGACACCAACCGCCUCAUGCAGUGAGACAGACGAAAUCUUCGUUAUAACUCCUGAUCCUACAGUUAUAUCAGCUGAAGAUGAUCCUACAGUAUUAUCCGAGGAUCCUACGGUUGUAUCUGGAGAUCCUACGGUUGUUUCUGAUGAUCCUACGGUUGUUUCUGGCGAUCCUACGGUUGUUUCUGGAGAUCCUACGGUUGUUUCCGGUGAUCCUACGGUAGUUUCUGCUUUAAUUGUUCCUGAAAUAUCUGUAACCCCUCCACCACGUUCUCCUUCUCCUCCUGCCCCCCUUCCUAGUAGUGGAGCUGAAGCUACAGAACUCCUGGUGGAUCUCCUAGAAGGAGAGGAUUGGAGUGAGGUGUGGAGGAUCUGGAAGGAGUCUAGACACCUGCUCCUACAGGAGAUGCAGGAUCUCCAGCUAGAUGAUGAUCAAGUAUCUGAGAUCCUCAAUAUCUACUGUAAAAGUAUCGCGCAGACCAAAGAAGGAAUAUUUGUGAUGACAGUAAGCAGCACCGAGUUAGCUGAAGUAUGCUCCAGGCUGAUGGAUAUAUCAAUGCAGCUCCUGGCAGCAGUUAAAGAGUUGGAGAAAUCAACUUCACAGAGAGGUCGAGAGUCUCCUGGUAGAAUAGAGAGUUCCCUGUAAGAGUCUAAAUAAACCAAGCACCCCCUCUCACAAAACUUUAAGUUGCGCCUCGUAUCAUAUUUAAGAUCUAAUAUUAAACAAUUAUUAUUUAAGAUCUAGAAAUAAUUUAAGAAAAAUAAACACACUUUGCAUAU